UCUUUCCCCACUCACAAGCAUCAUAUACCUAUAGCGUUAUCAUUUGUAGCAUUUUUCAAGAAUAUUUGAAAGGCCAGCACUGUUGGGCUAUCACGCCCGCCUAGCUUCUGGAACUUGUCUCCCUGCAUAAAGCACCCAUCCUCCCGGAGCCAAUGGGUAUCAAAGAUUUUUGGGAAGUCGUAAGAGAACAGGAUCAUAUCAUUCCUCUUGCACAACUGGCGGAGGAACAUUUCAGAACCCAUGGCCGGCGGCUACGGAUCGCCGUCGACGAGGCCGAUUGGCGUUUCAACAACCUCACCCAGGCUCAGGUCUAUACCAUACGCGAGAAGUCGAACGAACCAGUUUUCCGAGGGAUAGAGAAGACAAUGUUUCAUCGAAUAUGUCGCUGGCUGACUAUGAACGUUCAACUCCUCUUCGUGUUCGAUGGUCCCAGCCGUCCCUGGAAGCGAGGAAAGCAAGGCGGGAAUAGGGUUGAUUACGAGAAACUUAAGGAUUUGAAAGAAGUGCUUCGUCACCUGAGAGUUCCGUAUCACGAAGCACCAGGGGAGGCUGAAGCCGAAUGCGCUCGGCUGCAGCAGCUGGGUGUCGUUGACGCAGUCUUUUCCCAGGAUUCUGACACCAUGAUGUUUGGAUCUAGCCUCUUGAUCCGGGAUGAUCGCGUCGCUAAGGGUUCAGCUUCGACUGAUCGCUCAAAGGAGAAUACAAAGAAGAGUGGGAAAACAGUCAGGAUAAUCCGAGCAGAGGACAUCCAGUGCGUGCACAAGUUCGACCGGGAAGGGUUGGUUCUUUUUGCGAUGCUCUGUGGUGGCAAUUACGAUACCAAAGGACUUCCUGGAUGCGGCAAAGCGACGGCCAUUCGUGCUGUCAAAGCCGGUCUGGGAAGAGGCCUUUGUCGCUGCCGAACCCAACAAGAGUGCCGCCUAUGGAGUCUCGAGUUGGGUACCUUCCUAAGACGCGAAAUUCCCUCCGAUUUUCCAAAGAUCAAGACGCUCGAAAAGUACCUUCGCCCGAACAUCUCCUCUGACGAACGACUUCGAAACUUGCGAUGUCUCGAGAAGGGAUGGGAUCAACCCAUCAACGAGCUUGAGCUGUUGAAGAUAACCGGUAUGAACUUUAACAUAUGGGGAAAGUCCUAUAUGAAUAAAGUGGAGCCCAUACUUCUAACUCGGUCCUUGGUUCUGGCGGCUGCAGAGUCGUCAGCAGUUCAGGGGAAUCCACAUGCGAUCAGGCUUGUCAAACAGCGUGCCAAGAAGGAUGUCACGCAGACUCCGCUCCUUGAGCGAAAACUAACCUUCUCGCCUUUUGCACUCACUUCGCUGAGGCGCAGUGAUUUCGAAGGCGAGCGUCUUGGGUAUUGGGACGGAGCGAAGGACAUACCAUUUGACCCGGAACAUCGCGUUGAAUGUGAAAUCCCAUAUUAUCUCCUGGAACAAGGUCUGUCUGCUGAUGUGUUGAACCCCCCAACACCUUCCCCAAAGAAGACAACGGGGAAGCGAAAGCGACAAGUCGAUGUCCGUGAAGACGGUCGAGGCUGUCUUUCGCCGUCGAAGGCGAGUCUCCAUGUUCGUCCAUACAGCGCUACACCCACUUCUGGAACGACAUGUCAGUUGCUCACUCAUGGAAAUGGGAGAGGUAGAGACGCCGCCCUAUGUACCCCAUCAAAGCCUAGCAGAUCGACGAACUUGAGGAUCCCUCCGCUCACAACAAACUCCGUCCCUCGGCCAAGUUAUUAUCCGACCACGUCCCUCUCCACUUCUUCAUCAUCUGUGCUUCAGGCUACGGAUGACUCAGAUUGCGAUAUAUUUGAAGAGCUAGAUUUCUUAUUAGGGCUUCCUUCGACGUCCCGAGCAUCUAGGCAGACCGGCUCACGGCAAUGGGCACCCUCAGCGACAGUUGAUCCGACAAAUUCAGAUGGGUUUCGCGAGCUUGUGAGCGCGACCAAGCGCAGAAGGAUUGAUGAUGGGAGCGUUUUAAAUGUCACGCCUGGAGGAGUAGCGAAUGCGGGCACGCAUGCAACACAGCGAAACACUCUUGUCGAUUCUUCCCCUGCCUCGUGCUCCCGCAAAACUCAGGACAGCAGGGGUUGUGAGACUGGAUCUUACACAAAGUCCCCCGUCACGCGCCACUGUACGAAGAAAUGGUACGCCUUCCAAGCUUCGGACUCCCGCUGGCAGGCUGUUCAGAGAUGUUCUUUCUGUUGAAGCACUUGAUCGUAUUUCACCCAAGCGGCAGCCGACUGCAACAAGCUCGCCGUCGAGGACGUACGCCUCCCUAAACACGACGCCCACACGGACACGCGUUAUAACAAAUGCGCGCCCGCCAUCCUCGACACGUUCCAUCGAUGUAGAAAAGAGCGGCCCGUCGACCUUCUCGGACUUGGAAGCGGACAUGGUACGAGCAGCGAGACUGCGACAUUUCGAAGGUACGCCGAGAAACCUGGUAGCACCAUCUGCAGGCCGUGAGCGUGUUGGUGAAGUAGAGUUUUCAAGUCGGGUUUCGUCGGACUGGAUACGAGCGCCCAAAAGCCCCGUCGUUAUAGACCUGACUAUCGAUUGACGAAGGCCGCCGAGUUCAAGUCAGCCACAUCGUAAUUCUAGAACGUGUUCUAUACUGGCGAACUCAGCGAUCUGUACGGGGGAGAUCUUUCUGUACAUUUCGACAUCUUGAUAUAAGGGC